AUGAAAGAACUACAUGAAAGAACUCAUCGAUUUGUUAGAUACAAAAACACAAAAGAUAUAGCUAUCUUGGAUCUUCAAUCAACGCUUACACGUCCAAUAAGUCAAGCACCCAUUAGUGUCAUAUUAGCAAGAGAUAUUCGUUAUGCAACGACUGUUCGUUCGAGACCUAUUCUUUCAUUUGUCGGUGAAAUAAAACCUUCCUGGAUUCGAUGUAAUAUGAAACGUGAAAUUGAAAUUAGUUCCGAAGAAGAAACUUAUUUAAAUAGUAAGAGUAUAUGGUCACGUAUUAAGUCGAAGGCCUCAAAAUGGAUUGAUCAACUGCGGAAAAAACCGAUUAGUUCAUUAAUUGGAACGACGGGCACUGUUCUUAAUAAUGAAUUACAUUUACGAGAAGAGAUGGUGACUACUAUGAAAUUUGAAUUGAAAAAUGAUUGUCAACAAAAUACAACCUAUUAUAAUAAUUUAUCCACAAAUCUCGAAAGUGUUACAAAAAUGACGUAUAUAUUCAAUCCAAUGAAAUGGCGUUGGGAAACUCAGAAACAAGUUAAAAUAAUGAUUAAUAAUAAUCCUGCUAGAAAAACUUCACGUAUAACUGAUAGUGAACGAACGAUGGUCGACCUAUAUAAUGGUGUGAAAGGCACACAUGCAACUCGUGAAUCACGUAUGGAAGUGGUAGCUUGGAUAGCUGUCUGCAAAUUUUACUGUAAAUUAGAAGGUGGCUUCGUUCGAGAUUGGGUCGUGGGUAAUUAUGCAUCUCGUCCAGCUGGUCUGAUAAAUAAUCCGCAAGACUGGAUUCAAUAUGUAACAAAGGCAAAUGGGAAGAAGAUUCCAUAUAUGUAUAGAGAAGUGGUUCCAGCAGAUUUAGAUUGUCAUCUGCCAUUGCAUGCUUAUUUUGAUAUUGAUAAAUUUCAAGAUGAACUACACAAAUUCAAUAUUAUAUGCGAAGUUGUUCGAGAAGAUUGGAGAUAUGUACUAUUGAUAGAUAAAGAUGCACCAACCGGCCCAUUUACUAUGGAUCUAAUCGAGCCACAUGUUGCAUUAACACAAGAUCGUAUCGAUUUUGAUGUUAGCAAUCUUUUGUUGGAAAAAGAUUACCCGCAUGAAAUAGGAAUGCGCAUUGAUAUAACACGAUCUCCAUAUUUAAUUGAAUUGAAAACUAUUGUUGAGAAUAUCAAAAGUAAACAUUUUCAAGUUCUUCGUCCAAUUGAUAAAUUGAUCACAGAUCGCAUUCAGAAAAUGACUUUACGUCAAUGGACACAAACUGGAGAGUCAAUGAAUUACAUACCACCGCCUCCUCUAAAACAUUAUGCUGUUCUUGUUCCACUACCAACAUCAUCAACUUUGUAUCAAGCAUUAUCACAACAAAUGCAACAGAUCGGAUCUUCAGUACGAAUUGUAUCUAUUGAAGCAAUAAAAAAUCCUCUUUUGGAAGACACAUAUGAAGCAAUGAAAAAAACCAUUGCUAAACAAUGUAAAAGUCAAGGAUAUAAUCCAAAUGAACAAAAACUUUUCAUGGUACACAUGGCCCCCAUAAUCAACGGUAUAGUAGAAGAUGGUUUUGAUGAUAGAUUUUUCAAUCCGAACGGAGCAUGGGGUCACGGUGCCUAUUUUGCUGAUGAUCCUCGUAAAUCGUACAAUUUUACAAGCGUCGAAGGACCUACUCAAACACGUGUGAUGUUUUAUAAUAAAGUCACACUAGGAAUCGUAUUGUCACAGAAUGCACCUAAUAACGCAUUGCGUUCGGCACCACAAGGGUUUCAUUCCGUCAAAGGAACUGGAUUCCAAUACAUUGAAUAUGUUGUCUAUCGCUAUGGACAAGCUCUACCGUACUUAAAAAUAACUUACAAAGCUUAA